AUGGUGGCAGGCGGUAACGGGUCCUCAACUCCUGUUGUCAACCCUCCCCGUAUACAACCUACUCUACCCAGUAACCCAACCGCCGUUGUACCCCCUACCCCAUCAGCAAUACUAGCCCCGCCUACGUUUGAAAUCGGGCACAACGUAUCCGAGUGGUUGUUAGACCUAGAUAUCUUUCUAACCACUGUUCCCAAGGGACAUCAAACUUCCUAUCUGCUAAAUUUUCUUUCCCCCUCUGCUCGCCGUCGUCUCGUGGAGGCCGGCGUACGACCUGAGACCCCUUUCUCCAUCGCACGAGACUUAUUCACUGAAAAGUGCGACGACCCUACACCAACCGGGUUCGUAAUUGAACAAUUUACGAAAUUGAGCCAGAAACCUGAUCAGUCAAUCGAUGAUUUUGCGGCUGAGCUGUCACAUGUGGCGACCAUCGCAUUCCCCUUCGCCACCGAACAUGAACGAGAACGACUGAUCCUCCACUGGUUCAUCUCCGGACUUUUUGAUCCCAAGCUAGCUGAUGCAUUAGUCGUCAGCCGUCCCACCACUCUUGCAGACGCGAAGGAAUUUUGUCUAUUUUACCAGAGCUACCACGCCGUACGUCGUCCAACACAAGCUACAGACACUCUCGCCAACCGCUUCACACCCUUCUUUACCCGCGACUCCACACCCUCAACCAACUUGGAUCCCAGGACCUAUCCAGAGUCCGCCAUCGGCCGCAACCCCGAAACCCAACCUCCCAGUCCGUUUUCCCAACUACAAUCCUGA